GCAGCAACCAAUCAACGCCGACCACGAUGCACACAUACAAACGUAGAUAAUUUUUGGAGGAGUUUUUGCCAGCUGAACUAUUUUGACGUGCGUUUGUUCAUUUAUCAGAUAAAAAUAAUGUUUUGUUGAAUAAUUCGCCGACGCAGAACCACGUAGUAGAAAAACCACAUACACAAUGCAGCUAAUAAGGUGCUUGCUGCUCGUGCAGCUGUCUCUGUUCCUGAUCGAUGAGGCUCUGGCGGGCCGUGACUUUUACUCGAUUCUAAAUGUAAAGCGCAAUGCCAACACAAAUGAAAUCAAGAAGGCGUACCGGCGACUGGCCAAAGAAUUGCACCCGGACAAAAAUAAGGAUGACCCGGAUGCGUCCACAAAGUUUCAGGAUUUGGGUGCCGCAUACGAAGUUCUUUCGAAUCCAGACAAGCGCAAGACGUACGAUCGCUGCGGCGAGGAGUGUCUUAAGAAGGAGGGCAUGAUGGACCAUGGGGGUGAUCCGUUUGCCAGCUUCUUUGGUGACUUUGGCUUCCACUUUGGCAACGGAGAUCCAAAUCACCACGACACGCCACGCGGUGCAGACAUUGUAAUGAACUUAUAUGCGUCGCUGGAGGAGCUAUACACGGGAAACUUUGUUGAGAUUGUUCGAAACAAGCCAGUGGUGAAGCCGGCAUCAGGUACACGCAAAUGUAACUGCCGGCAGGAGAUGGUGACUCGUAAUCUGGGACCGGGCCGCUUCCAGAUGAUACAGCAAACCGUGUGCGACGAAUGUCCCAAUGUUAAACUAGUCAAUGAGGAGCGCACGCUGGAGAUUGAAGUGGAGCAGGGUAUGGUCGAUGGCCAGGAGACGCGUUUCGUGGCCGAGGGUGAGCCGCACAUUGAUGGCGAGCCCGGUGAUCUGAUAGUGCGCGUUCAGCAAAUGCCCCACAAACGCUUUAUGCGCAAGGGCGAUGAUCUCUAUACAAAUGUUACAAUUAGCCUGCAAGAUGCACUCAUUGGUUUUACAAUGGAGAUCACGCAUCUGGAUGGCCAUAAGGUUCCAGUGACGCGCGAAAAGGUCACAUGGCCCGGUGCGCGGAUACGUAAGAAGGGCGAGGGCAUGCCCAACUUUGAGAACAACAAUCUGACGGGAAAUCUGUACAUUACGUUUGAUGUGGAGUUCCCCAAAAAGGAUCUAAGUGAGGAGGACAAAGAAGCGAUCAAGAAAAUACUCGAUCAGUCGUCCAUAAACAAGAUCUACAAUGGGCUGUGAGUGGAUGUGGUGCCAGUGCUCCUCUGUUAGUUUCUAGUUAUUUAAAUUAUAGUAGCUACAUACAUAUGGGAUGUCAGCUCAGAAAACGCUCCUCCCUCGCACAAAAAUGUGAGGACUGCAUUCUAAGCAAAAACAACUUUGUUCAAAAGUUUGCGCAAAAUUUAAUGACUUAGUUUAAAAAUUGUAAAAUAGUUUCUGCCGCCUGGCGUGGGCUACAAUUAAUUUAAAACUAAAUAACUAAAAUAAACAAGAAAUGUAUAAAUAAAAAACAAAUUUUGUAUAGCAUAGUA